UUUUCAACAGAGCAUCGGCUGACACGUCACAGCGCAGCGCGUGGCUCGGCAAGUGGAUCAUUUUUCUUGGAAACCGGGGUCGACACACAAAGGGCUGCAGAGGCGCGAACAACAAGGAUGGGAGCUUUCAAGGCGUGUACGUCCACGGUAUCGGCGGCGGGCGCGCUGCUGCUGCUGCUGGCCGCACCCCAGAACCUCUGCGCCCGGGCCGACGUAACGGAAAGGGCCACCAAGAUAUCGUUCCGGGAAAAAGUCAGCCUGCCCGGGGGGAGCGGAAGCAGCCUUAUGGGGACUGGGGUAAGAGUGAAGAAGAUCGGGCCCGCGGGGGUGAAGGUUUAUGCCGUCGGGCUUUACGUGGAUGAGAAGGCGGCCGCUAAGGAGCUCGAGGUUCACAAAGGCGAAGACGGAGAGUCCCUCGGAAAAAACGACGGCUUUUUCUCGCGGGUGGCCAAGUCCAAAUUUGAGAAGACGAUGGUUCUCAAGAUGGCGAGGGAGGUGGGGACGGAGAAGAUGGUUAGCGCGCUCACGGAGAGCGUCAAGCCGCGCAUCUCAGGCUCCAAGAAACCGCUCGAAACCUUUCAGGACAUUUUGCUGAAGGCCGUGGGAAAGGAGGGAGCGGCGAAGAAGGGCAUGCAGUUCGGCUUCGUUUGCAAGCCGGGGGCGCUGUGCGUGAGCGUGAACGGGAAGGACGCGGGCACGAUCAAGAGCGGGCCGCUUUCGAGCGCGAUGGUUGACGUCUACCUCGGGAAGAAGGCAGUGUCCCCAGGAGCAAAGAAAGCUUUCGCCACCGGUGUUGCGACCCUUCUCGAGCGUUAGAAUGGCAUUUAACCGUAUAAGCAUGGACGUGGUGAAAGCUUGUGUAUGUGAUGGAUUCUAGACGUUUAGACGUUUAGACGGUAGUCGAUAUCUAGGCGUUUAGACGGUAGUCGAUUGAUUUUUCGCAUUUUUAGCCCGUAUCGGAAGCAUCUCCUGCGACGGCAUUCAACCUCUAUGAGUAAAGGUGGUUAUUCGGUGCAAUAGAGGCGUUUGAAUUGACUGUAGUUGUCGAUCCAUUCAACGCUUUGCAAUAGCCCGUAGCGAAGUGGCCUUUUCGAGCGUUACACUAGCACCCAACAGCAGUUAUGGGCCUAGGUGCCCCAAGCGUUGGAUCUUGGGUGCAACUUGCAACAGACACCAACGAUAGUCGACCCCAUCGACGCGUCGUACAUGGCCCGCUGCGGACAUUAUAGACAUGGGAAAGUUGACCCAAGUAUACCACCCGAUUAAAAGUUCAUGGCUGUCUGAUAGCUUAAAGGCAGGGCGGCCUGCUUCACACGCGAAAUAUGCAUCCGGUACAUAGUGCCUUUAGAACAACGGCGCACGUGGCCGUUGCCGGGGGAGGGGCAUUGCAUCGGGCGCACGUCGCCCAGGUGAAUUCCAGCUUCAUUUGGCUCCGUCGCUUGUCCCUCCUCCUCGCCUGUCGGGCGGGGAGGCUGCUGUUUUUCUUUUUUUGAGUCAAGCUCGCCCACCCCAACGGUGAGGACGCGGGGGGGGGGUGACUCGGGGGAAAGUGCGUUUGUGAUCGUCGUCAUUGGGAGGACGUUUUUCUUGGUGUGUUCAGGCCGGGGCCUGCGCCCUCGGCGUAAAGACGGAGACGCUGACAUGCUUCCCUCACGCCACCUCCGCAAGUUGGGUGGGUGCGACUUGUUGGGUGAGACACAGCAAAGCCUGCCUCUGAAGUCAAGCGUGCUCGUGCUCGAAGAUGCGUAUAUUUCUGUUUUUUUUGUGGAGUCGUUGUGGUGAUGCGGGAUGGUACAGGGACGGACGACGGUGUUGCCAUGAGAGCGAUGCGCGACACUCAUUACACGUGAGGCAGGACGAUGGGGAAACCACUACGAUGGAAUGCAUGAUGCAGCCCCAUGCUUUGGCGCUCGUGCUGUACCAACCAAUGCUUGUUGUGGUUCCGUCCAGAUACAAGCCCUCCUGUGGGCUUCAUCUCAUGCUGCGUAGCUUUCCCUCGCACGUACGUGAAGUUCUCGCGCUCUCUUGGUUGCGGGGCAGACGUCGAGCUACAUAUAUACCGGUCGCCCCGGUAGUCUAGUGGGUGGCCUCGCAGCCUGCUAAGAGCCAGGUCAUGGGUUCG